UUUGAGACUCAAAAAUUGACCUGUGUUGCUUUCUUUGCUGUUUUUGCUGCAUCACAGGUUCUCUCCAUCCACCCUAUUCCAAGUCAAAGAAGAAAAGUCGAUAUGAAAUGGGAGAUGAUACAAGGAAGAGGUCAUGGCAUAUAUUCCCUUCCCUAUACAGCCCCACCUAUGUUUCCAGAUAUGGAGUGAGAUCAUAGGACAGCCCAACAACUCACAAGAUUUAUAAAGAGAACUACAGCUGCUUCAUAUUGAAAUCAUAGCCUUCUUACAAAAAGAAAAAGAAGGGAUCAAAGUUCACAUGAGUUUCAGUUUUCUGCAUCCCUCUGCCUGUCUCUCUUACACAACACAAAACAUGGAGGGUCUGCAAAAUAUGCAAAAUCAUGACAUGAACUUGGUUCUGUCAACUGAUGCAAAGCCUAGGCUGAAGUGGACUCCUGAACUCCAUCAAAGAUUUGUUGAUGCUGUCAAUCAACUGGGAGAGCCAGACAAAGCAACCCCAAAGAAUCUGAUGAGGGUCAUAGGAAUUUCUGGACUCACUUUGUACCAUCUCAAAAGCCAUUUACAGUUGAUUUCUCUUCAUUACACAACCAUACCAUCAUCUCAAACAAAUCAAGGUUUGACUGUAUUUUCUUCUUGCAAAAAUACAGGCUGGCAAAAAGCCAACAGACAGAAAUCUGCCUUAGCAAUAAACUAGAUUGUGAGAUUAAGAAUUCAUUGCUUGCUGCAUUUAGGUUAUUGUAUUGACUCUCACAACAAUAUGAUCUUUUUUCUUCUUUUCACUGUGAUGUAAAUUGCACUGAGGUACAGAGCAGUAAUGGGAAUUUGGGUAGUGACACAAGUGAUG